AUCUAUCGCUCGUCGUCCGACCGAGAAUUAGGUCUUGUGAUGCCGUUGUCGGCUUACCACUUGGAUUGCAUCGGACAAAAUGAAGAUUUUCUCCUUCAAAAGGGUCGAUGGAGCUGCGGGUGGCACUUUUGUGCAACGUGCAAAAAGACAGGAAGGUAUCAAUGCUUGACUUGCCCUAAUGCAUAUUGCAAGGAAGAUGUGGACGGUGCAGGCUUCCAGAAGCUGUUGAAGACACGUGGAUUGUGCUCAGAGUGCUUCCCUCUUGUCAACAUGAUUGAGCAUGGAGAUUCUGUUGAUCCUGAUGGGCAAAGAAGAGUAGAGGAUGCCGAGCAGGUAUGUCUGCUGACAAUUGAACAACAGCGCCAGCAUGAGGAGGCAGCAGCAAGGGCUGCCGAUGAAGAAAGACACCAACGUCGUGAGAAGAUAUUUACCGGAGAGCAGGUGUUACUUACAAUGGCAGCGGAAUGGCGGACCGAGGCCGAUAAUAGCAAGCUGGAGGGUAGCGCAAACAAGAUAGCGCUCCUCCUCUCGCAUCUCACAGACCUCCUGGCAACCUGCAUUACACAGCAAGAGGAGAUCCACGGUCUGGACAACUCGCUAGCUGACGUCCAAGACUGCCUUCAGCGGUUGGAGCAGCGACCAGCCGCCGCCGUCGAUGCAAGCUCUUCCAAUACUUCCGACCGCCUCAACGCAUUGGAGAUGGACGUCGGCUCACUCAAGGAUGGUGUGCAAUUACAGCAGACCGCGAUGCAACAGUUGCAAAAGCGGAUCUGCACUACCACCAACAUCUCGAGUUCAGAACCGCGCGAGACAGCUCCAAAGUUCGACGGGCAGGAGAUCUUCUGCGACUCAAUGAAGACAGAUCCGAUUCCAUGGUUUCGCAAGUUCGAGCUCACGCUGCAGCUCCACAACGUCAAGGAACACAAGCACCACGCGUACUUGUACGGAGUGGUAGCCAACAACUUGCACACCAAGAUCAGUUGGGAUGAUCUGAAGGCGGCGUGGCACAAGCGGUUCCAGGUGGAGCCGCCAGAGAUCAAAGCCAUGGACAAGCUCAUUGUCUUCGAACAAGGCACGCUGGCGAGUACGGACUGGAUCGCCGAGUACCAACGCUUGACGCCAGCCCCAGACAUCCAGAUGGGCUUCAAAGCCAUCCGCCAUUACUUCAUCUCAAGGUCAUGUCCGACAUUAAGCAAUGCCAUGACUCUUGUCGAGGACACCUUGACGACGACGGCGGAACUGUUUGACAAGGCCGCGCAGAUCAUCAUCAUGAACAAGGAGGCCAAGAACCUCCGUUCAUCUGCGUCAGGCCCAAGCAGGGACCAGCAUUGGCCGAGAGUGGCCGUGGUCGCAGCGGCAACGCCGUUUGACCAAACCAGCGAGGUUGUGUCUGCCAGUGAAGGGGACAGACUCGCAGCCGCCCGGGAAGGUGGCCGCCCCGACAAAGGCCGAGGACGUGGCAAGACGAAGACACACACCGCAUCUAGCCCCGGGUCCGGUGCAGCAGCUCAGACAGGCCCAUGGUCCCAGUAUGGCAUCUCCGAGCAAGCAUUCAAAGCCCGCGAGAGUGAUUCAGACGCAGGUUUGCCCAUUAAAAGGCAAGGGCAGACAGGGAAACUGAGCACCGCCGAGAGUGACUCGACGACACUCUCGACGCCUUCGGAACCGGUUUCUUCGCGAGUAACUGACCUUCAUUCCGAGGCGCACGCGGAAGUCGAUUGUCCUCCUCUUCUACUUUCUUUUGAGGACUAUGCUGCCCGACUCGGUCCUACGCUGGGUACUCAAGCUCAAGGACAAGAAGUGUGUGCGGUUUCUUCUCCGUCCGGCAACGUCGACAUAUCGUCUUCAAGUGGUUCUUCACGGGAUUCGGCACGCGAGUUCAACAUAGAGGUAUUGGACCCGCUCACGUCCGAGGACUUUGCAUGGCUUCCUCUCCGGACCACAGGCCGCUUGCCGGGACCGCAAUGCGCAACACUUAGCGCUAAUCUCCACACGUACUUAUCCUUCUAUGCACCACCAACUUCGCCGAUGGAUGACGAAGUCGCGGUGGGGGACAUCCUGGUGUAUACUACCAAGGUGGCCUGCGAGUUUCGCACGCAACGCGACGAUCUUCUUGAGCGAUUGGGCGACGCAAGAUAUUUUUCUAAGUUGGAUUUGAAAUCAGGAUAUCAUCAAAUCUCGAUCCAGCCGAACGAUCGCUACAAGACUGCGUUCAAGACGCGGUACGGGCAUUUUGAGUGGGUGGUCAUGCCUUUUGGCCUCACCAACGCCCCGACGACCUUUCAGGCGGCAAUGACCAAUGAAUUCCGUGCAAUGUUGGACCGGUUCGUGCUGGUCUACUUAGACGAGAUUAUCGUCUAUAGCCGGUCAUUGGAGGAUCAUCUUGGGCAUCUUCGACGAGUGUUGGAGACGCUCCGCCGCGCCAAGUACAAGGCUAACCGCGACAAGUGUGAAUUUGUCCGGCAAGAGCUGGAAUACUUGGGCCAUUUUGUCGCACCGGAGGGCAUUUGUCCGCUAUCGGACAAGAUUCGGGCCAUCCAAGAGUGGCCAGAGCCUCGGAACGUCACGGAUGUUCGCUCGUUCCUCGGUCUUGCCGGCUACUAUCAGCGCUUCAUCAAAGGCUACUCGAAGAUAGCGGCCUACUUGAACAAGCUUCAAUGCGAGGAUCGACCGUUUGACUUCGGAGAGGAGGCGCGGGGAUCAUUCUUCGCUUUCAAAGCCGCGCUAUUGUCUGCGGAGGUCUUGCGGAUAUACGACCCGCUCUUGCCUACGCACGCCACUACGGAUGCCGAACUAGCAGCGAUGGAGGACCCUCUGGAACGAAGGGAAAGAGAAGAGGAUAAGAAAUUGGAAUGGAAGCUGAGGAUGAAGAGAGAGAAGAAGAAGAGGAGGGAGGAAGUUAAUAGGUUGACCGCGAAAGUGGCGAAGGUACAGGACUGUAGGCGAGAAGUGGGGGCACAGGCAGAUGUUUCUGCCAAGAUGGACAAGAUGCUGGGUUACCUGGAAGUGUUGAGUGCAGCCUGGAUGGAGGAGCGGCAGGCCAGUUGGAGUCAAGAGGUAGCCCUGGGUGCCAUGCGGUCGGGAUUUACGCAUUUUGCGCGCGAUAUGGUUACCCACGUUGGAGGGGAAGUUAAGAGAUUGAGAGGCAGCAUGGGAAAGUUCUGCGAAGGUGCCAUUGAAGGUGCCAAAGCGAUAGCCGCUGUAGAGGGCGAGGCUAGACCCCGUAAAGAACCUGUAAAGCUCAAGUUUCCUGAUGCAUACGGGGGGAAGGAGGAAAACUUUGACAAUUGGGAAGCCAGUGUUGCUGAUCCUUCUUUGCCCUUUGUCGUCACAACCGAUGCCAGGCAGUACGGGAUAGGCGCUGUACUCCAACAGGACGACGGUAAUGGAUACAUGUCUGUUGAAUUAAUGUUUCGACGACUACCUAAUGAGAAAGUCGUCGCUUCUACGUAUGAGAGGCACUGGCGACACUAUGUCUUAGGACGUUACUUCAAGGUGUCCUUAGAUCAUGAGACACUUCGCUGGCUUAAAACACAGGCUCGGAUGGCACCUAAGUUGAUUAGGUGGGCCACUGAGAUUGAUCGGUAUGAUUUUGAGCUAAAGCCAGUAAAGGGGAAAUAUAAUGUUGUCGCUGAUGCAUCAAGUCGGAGAUCUGAUUUCUUCGGUGCCAUUGUAACAUAUUUAGAUGUGGGCACGGAUGCGCAAGAGAAGAUUAGAAAAGCGUAUUCCACAGAUCCUGUUUAUGGUGCUAUGAUUAAGCGUAUGCAGAAAGCACCACAAGAGUUUCUUAACUAUCGAAUUACACAAGGACUGUUGUUUGAGCAGACUGAUGUGGAGGUGGACUUUAAUGACCCUGAAACGUUAGAAUGCUUGUUCAAGGAGUAUUGGGAAAGCUUGCGUGAUAGACUUCAUCUGAAGCUGUUGGACAUUGACAAGCAGGAAAAAUUAGCCAGUGAUGCAGGGGAUGUGGGUGGCAUGUCGACAGAGAAGCGUGGUGAGAAGUCUGCGUUCCAUGGAAGGGACUCAUUUUCUUCCAGUGAGGGAACAGAUGAUGAGGAUGACUUUGAGGAUGAGGAUGAUGAAGAUGAGGAGGAUAAUGAUCUGUCAUCUGAUGGGUUGGAUGACAUUCGUGAUGCAGAAUAUCGGGCAGACGAGGAAGAACCGAAUGGAGAGGAGGAGUUGCUAGAAGGAGAACCUGGGUUAAAUGUCAGGGCACCGGCAGUAGAAGAGGAGGGCUUGCCUCCAGGGACAGACAAUGAGGACAACAAGUCAUCACGGGGUGAGCAGAAUUCUGACCGAGACGAAUCACAUCAGAAGAGGAAACAGGUCUUCAACUCUUGGGCGUCUGGUGAAUUGCUGGAGUUUCUUUCAGAUCUAGGCGAGGAUGUUAGGACAAAGCUUCACCGGUUCACCAUCACGAAGUUGCUGUGGAAUUACAUUAAGGAGCAUAACUUGCAAGACCCGAAGAAGAAAACAGAGAUCUUUUGUGACGAGAAGCUUCAAAAACUGUUUAAGAGGAAAAAAGUGGGGCAAUUCCGCAUGUUCAAGCUGCUGGGGGAUCAUUUCCCACCAAAAGACUCCAAAUUGCUGAGAGAUGGUGGUGCUUCUGCGAAGAUGAACUCGAAGACAGAGACACCAAGGAAGCGGGGGCGGUCACGAAAGAAUCCUGAAGCACCAUGGGCUGGUGCGCAGAUUGCACAUGCAAAUUUGAUGGAGGUAGAACAAGAUGAAAUGGAGGAGGACAAUGAGGAUCUCAGGUUUGUUGAGAAGACUCCAUCGACUGCCAGGGCAAGGAAAGCAGGAGGGAAGUCCAGGUCUCGCACUGGUGACGACCAUGGGAAGCCUGCUCCUGAGGAGUAUGCGGCUGUGAGUGUGAAGAACAUAAGCCUGAUUUAUUUGCGGCGUUGUGUCAUUGAAGAAUUGCUCGAUUAUGCAGAUUUUGAAACGAAGGUCCCAAACACUUUUGUCAGGAUCCGAGUCCCUUCUGCAAAGAGCAAUGAGCUGAUGUAUCGCCUGGUGCUUGUGACUGUCCAUCAGUGGGACAGGGGACUGUAUGCGUAUUGUUUGAUUGUUCUACCCCUGUUCCCACUCUCCCUACCCUCCCCGUAUUCUGUGACCACCGGGACCUCUCAAGUACCGCAUCAGUCCACACUGAUGUCGAUGGAACAGGAUACCGGGGCACUGCCACGGCGCAGUGCCAGGCUCGCAGUUCGUGCUCGACCUACGGUACGUCCACGAACCAAGGCUCAGCAACAGAGACUCAGCAGGCGGACGACUCCAGCGGCAUCGAGUACAACAUUGACGGUACCGGACACCACCGGAGUUCUUCCCGCAUGCCCGGUCCGAAGGGCCAGUGAGCCGUUGGCUGACUAUUUUGGGCGGCUACAGGUAUUUACAGAUGCCGUAGCUGCCGCCAAGGCUCAGCAGGAGGCAGCAGAGGCAGAACGUCAGCGGCUGGCCAAUGAGGCGGCAGCCCAAGCUCAGCAGACUGCUGAGGCUGACGCAGCGGCACGAGACAAACGGAAUCCCGCCAGUACGGAGUCCCUGAUUCAUAGUGAAAGUCAGUGGACAACGUUCCUCCAAGGCAUGAUCUUUGUGCCUUCGGACGCGCAGGCAGAUCCGACACCGGCGGAGGCAGAGAGGACUCACCUGGCUAACUUGAUGCUGGGCAUGAUGAGAGGCAUCAUGUGGAAUAACACACUGCUGCAGGCACAUCUGCGCACGGAACGACAGCAGCGACAAAAGUACCAGCAAGACAUUGUUGUUUUAACAACUGCCAUCCGCGCCGAAGCAACGCAGCAGCAGCAACAGCAUCAGCUGUUGAACUCCGCUCUCGCAAGCAUCAACAGCAUUGAGGCUAAUGCCUCAGCAGCGCCAGGCUGCACGACAGACGCGACGAAGCAACUCAAUGAGCGCAUCGAUCACGUCGUCACCAUCAUCGGCGACAUAGGUGUUUUCAAUGGGCCGGACACGAUCAGUAGCACGGUGSCCGCCAUCAAGACGGACAUCACCAAGCUGCAGACGAGACCGGACGCCGCUACAAAGACCUACAAGAUGCCGCACUUCGACAUCAGCAAGUUCGACGACUACAACAAGUCGGACGCCUUGACAUGGUGGCAACGUUUCCUCACGGAAGCAUCAUGCCGCACAGUWCCGACCGACGACAUGAUGAAGGCACUGUACUUACAACUGAUUGGAGGAGCGCAGGCAUGGAUGAAUCAUCUGGCGGCUACAAAGAAAUGCACCAUCGCCGAACUCCACACGCACAUCACGUGGAAAGAGUUCGAGAAGCUAUGGUUCACCCGGUUCAUGGUCCGCAACGUCGUGAAGGCGGCCAUGAACGAGGUAAUUCGCGACGCCAUUGCUCGGAAUGACGUCGAGGAGAUGRGCCUUGUAUUCUUGCAUGCUCUCCCCUCGCCGGACRGACCAGCCGCGUCACCGCCGGACCCACGCAUUUCUCACCUCUUGGACGAGUAUAGAGACGUCUUCGAGGCUCCCACCGGAACGRUUCCGGAUCGGCCCAUACGUCACGGGAUCACUCUCGAGGCUGGCGCCAUCCCUCCGCGUGGAUGCAUCUACCGCAUGAGCGAAGAGGAACUCGAGGUGCUUCGCGCACAACUCGAUGAUCUUCUCGACAAGGGCUGGAUUCGCCCUAGUUGCUCGCCAUACGGUGAACCUGUUCUCUUCGUCCCGAAGAAGAACAAAGAUCUACGGUUAUGCAUCGACUAUCGGAAACUUAACGCACAAACCGUAAAGAACGCUGACCCUCUCCCUCGGAUUGAUGAUCUCCUUCAGCGGGUAGGCGGCGCGACGUACUUCUCGAAGUUGGACUUGAAGUCAGGUUACCACCAGAUUGAAAUCCAGCCUCAAGACCGGUACAAGACCGCGUUCAAGACGCGGUACGGGCGUUUUGAGUGGGUUGUCAUGCCCUUUGGCCUCACCAAUGCCCUUGCAACUUUUCAAGCAGCAAUGACGAUUGAGUUUCGCGACUUGCUCGAUCGCAGCGUCCUCAUCUACCUUGAUGACAUCUUGGUUUAUAGUAGGACGUUGGACGAGCACAUCGUACACCUUCGCGUUGCUCCGAAUCGUUUGCGACUAGCCAAGUACAAAGCGAAUCUCGACAAGUGCGAAUUCGCCAAGCAAGAGCUUGAGUACUUGGGUCAUUUUGUCACGCCGAAAGGCAUUCGUCCCUUAGCGGACAAGAUCCAAGCCAUCGUGGAUUGGCCGGAACCCCGUUGCACGACGGAUGUACGCUCUUUCAUGGGUUUGGCUGGAUAUUAUCAGCGAUUCGUCGAGUCAUACUCGAAAGUGGCCGCUCCUUUGUCGAGACUUCAGUCUCCGAAGGCUGCCGACAUAGACGUCCCUUGCUCUCCGGCUUCCGUCCGGAAGUACCGGGACUUGCUGAUCAAAGCCCGCRCAAAUAUGCAAAAGGCUCAGAUCCGCAUGCAGCAGCAAGCUAACCGACAUCGACUUCCAUGUCCUUUCUGCGAGGGAGACCUUGUUUGGGUCCUCUCCGAGGACUUUGCACUCGAGCAGGACGUUUCACGCAAACUCCUUCCGAAAUGGUUCGGACCAUGGGAAGUCACUUCUGCCGUUGGAGACGAUCCCGCAGGUCCUUCCUUCGUGAUCAACAUUCCACCGCACCUGACAGUGCAUCGGGUCUUCCACGCAUCGAAGCUGGCCAUCUACACGCCACCUUCAAAUGACGAGUUUCCCAGACGCCGAUCACAGGAUCCGCCCUCCAUGGACGGACAUCAGGAAGUGGACCGAGUCAUCACGCACUGCAAGUAUGGCAACAAGCCAAGGCAAUACAAAGUCACAUUCAAGCAAUGUGCGCCUGAUGACACUCGGUGGAUCUCCAGUACAGAUUUGCAGACUUCUGCACCCCUCAUCUUCACAGACUAUGAGAAGCGACGCCUUGCUAAGGACGCAGCUCGUCCCGCCCGACCCACCCCGGUAUCGGAUAGACAAGUUCGCCCUCGCAGGUAGCUCGGUCUUUUAAGAGGGGGAGUGUGUUACAUCUUCGACGUCACACGGGUCCUACCGGACCCGACUUAGGGCUAGAGGGACACAUCAGGGCCUAAAGGCCCGACCUUG